AUGGUGGUUGAUCAUACCGGAAAGGGAUCGGAAGCUGAAGAUUCAAACCCUAACGCCGUUUCAUCGGAUAACAGUCCAAAGAAAACCUGCGCCGAUUGCGGAACUUCCAAAACACCUCUAUGGAGAGGCGGACCUGCAGGACCAAAGUCUCUGUGUAAUGCUUGCGGGAUCAGGAGCAGGAAGAAGAAGAGAGCGAUUUUGGGGAUAAGCAAAGGAAACAACGAAGAUGGAACGAGAAAGGGGAAAAAGAGCAAUGGAAGCGGUGGAAGCAAGGUUGGGGAUAAUUUGAGCAUGAAGCAGAGACUAUUGAAUUUAGGGAAAGAAGUGUUUAUGCAGAGAUCGCAUUGGAAGAAACUGGGAGAAGAAGAAAAAGCUGCGGUGCUUUUGAUGUCGCUAUCUUAUGGAUCCGUUUAUGCCUAA